AUGCAUACAGGAGAAUACUCAGAAUUAUUAAUCGGUAUUAAUGGACAUAUGAAAAAGAUAACGUUAAAAUUAAAGAAUAAUUUAGAAGAGGAUCAAUAUUCAAAUUGUGUAAAAUAUGGGUGGAUUGAGAAAAGAUGUGGUAAAAAUCAAUCAUUUAGUUCAUGGAAAAGAAUGUGGUUUAUAUUAAAAGAUAGUAAACUUACAUAUUAUAUUAAAGAAAAGAAUUUAAAGAAAAGAUCAUCAACAAUUGGUAGUACUCAAGAAUUUUUUAAACAACAACAUGGAAUAGAUAAUAAUAAUUGUACAAAUAGUAAUAGUAAUAAUAAUAAUAAUAACUCUGAUUUGAUUCACUUAUCAGCACCUUCAUUAUCAUCAUCAACAUCAUCAACAAUAUCACCAAUAAGCUCAUCAUCAUCAUUAACAACUACAACAACUACUACAACAACAACUACAAAUGCAAACACAAAUAAUGGAUUAUCAGAUUCAAUAAAUCAUGUAUAUUUAGAAGGUGAACUUGGUAAAAAGAAAGAAGGUAAAGGAUGGAAAGUUAGAUGGAUGAAACUAUUGGAACAUUCAUUAGUUUAUUAUAAAUCAUCAAAAGAUAAAGAACCAUUGGGUAUAGUUAAUUUGAAUGAGUGUCAAGAUUGUGAAGUUAAUAAAGAAUCAUCGAAUAAAUUCGUUGUUGUACAUUCAAGUAAUCGAUACUAUUUUAAAACCAAUACAAAACAAGAACUCACUCAAUGGGUUAAAUCCGUUAAAUCUAGAAUACCUUCAAUCAAUCAAACAAAGAUGGAUUUAGAUCAAUUCCAAUUAAAAGGUGUCAUAGAAUUUAAUAGUAUACAACAAAUCGCUGAAACUUUCAAAUUUAAUAGUCAACCAAAUUGUCUAACAAUUACAACUGAUGAAAAAGCAUAUUAUCUAUCAUUCGAUUCAAAUAAAGAUAAACUGGAUUGGUUAAAUCAAUUGAAUUUAACUAUAAAUAAAUUUAAAGGUGGUUUCAAUAGUGGUGGUGGUUCAAAUAAUUCUUCACCAUCAUCUUUACAAUCACAACAAGCUAAGGAGAGUGGUAAUGGUGGUAGUUUAAGUCCAAAUAUACUUGGUAACUUUAAAUCAUCUAUUAAACCAUGGAGAUUCUCAUCUUCACCUUCUCAAGGUCGUGUUUCAAUUGGAGGUGGUGGUGAUAGAUCAUCAACUCAAGUUAAAUUUGUUGAUAAUCCUUUAUCAAAAAGUUCAAAUAAAGAGGAGUUUGAUGGUGGUGAAUAUGGUUCACAAAUUUUACCAAGAAAAUCAACAAUCAUUGGUCCAAAUGGUGGUGUUAAAGUUAGUACAAGUGGUGCUGUUGAAUUAUCACCAGUUUUAAUUUCAAGUAAUAAUAACAAUAAUAAUACAAUAAGUUCAAGUGGUAAUUCAAUACCAACUUGUUUAAGUGAUUUAAUUAAUGAAUCAAGUGAUAAUGAAGAUGGUGAUGAUUUAAAGAUGAUGAUACCAGAAUCAUUAAAGAAUGAAAUGAUGAGAAGAUCAGCAAUUAGUUCAUUGAAAAAUUUUAAGUUGGAAAUUUUUAUUUGGUCAAAUCAUCAAGAGGUUUUCACAUUUCUUUUCUCUGAUUCAGUGUUGGUAGAUCAAGUUAAAGCAUUUGCUUUUAAAAAGAUACCUUCAUUAGCAAAUUUAUCAGUAUUGGAUUAUAGAUUAGGUAUUGAUGAAGAUACACUAUUGGAAGUGGAAUUCUUAAAGUUUAUAUAUAGUCAUACAAUGGUUGAAUUGGCAUUAAAGACUUGUGGUAUCGUAAAGAUUGGUAUUUUCCAUCAUCGUAAGGAUAGAAGAGUUAAAGAGAAAUUAUAUUCAGAUAAAUUCUAUGGUCAUCUUUUAUCACAAUCACCAGAUGGUCGUAAAGGUAAUGGUGUUGGUAUUGGUGGUAAUGGUAUACCUAUUGAGUAUUCAAGAAGUGAACCAAAUCUUCAAUCAUGUCUAUCAUCUUCACCUUCAACUAGAGAAACUAUGGUACCAUCUUCACCAUCAUCACAUCAAUUAAUAACACCACCACCAUCAUUAAAACAAUAUGAACAACAAUUAUCAUCAUCAUCAUCAUCAUCGUCACAACAACUACAACUACAACUACAACAACAAGAACAAGAACAACUAUUACAAGAACAACCAGAAGCUGAACAAUCACAACCAGAACCACAACCACAAUUAGAACCAGAAUCAGAAAUAGAGAUUGAAGAAUUAGAACAACCAAUUGAAGAACUAUUGAAUAUUUCAACUACACCAAUAUCAAUACGUAGUAAUUCAAUUUUAUCAAGUUCAACAUCUGCAUCAUCAUCACCAUCUUCAACACCAUCAUUGACACCAGUAAUUGAAAGACAACAAAAAAUGUCAGCAGCAGGUUGGCAUAGUGUUAAUCCAAGUGUAACAUUGAAUCAACGUAGACAAUUGAUUAGUGGUUGUCCAGGUUGGAAUAUUGAAGUAUCGAAUCCAACUUCAACAUUCACCAGUCAAGGUUUCAAACCAAAAUUCGAUAAACAAGAGCAUGGAUUCUAUAGACGUUAUAAUUUCGAUGGUACAAGUACGGUUCAAAGCUUUUUAGGUGUAGAUAUGAAAAUGGGACCAUUGGCAUUCAGUUUGGCAAAAGAUGCCAAUGAUAACUAUCGUGGUGUACUUCAUACAAAACAUGGCGCAAAGACAAUUAGUGAAGAUUCUAAAAAUAUCGUUGGUAUUUUAAAUCUCCUUUCAUUGAGUAAAAAAGUAAAGACAAAGAAAGUGGUCUCCCAUUUAAUUGGAUUAUUGGAUCCAUCGAUCGAUGCAAAACUUUUAAAUUUAGCUUCAAAUCAAUCAGAGUUACAAAAAGAACUCUUAUCAUUUGAGGAACGUCAAACCACAAGUGGUUUUAAAUUUGGUAUGGUCUAUUGCAGACAUGGUCAAGUCACAGACGAUGAAAUCUUCUCCAAUAAACAAGGUAGUCCAGAGUGGGACGAGUUCUUAUCAUUGAUUGGUGACAAGAUUGAAUUGGUCGGUUGGCCACAUUAUAGUGCUGGUUUGGAUGUUAAAUUCAAUUCAACAGGUACUCACUCUCUAUACACCGAUUAUCAUGGAAAUGAAGUUAUGUUCCAUGUUUCAACAAUGUUACCUUUCUCCACUACCGAUUAUCAACAAAUUGAAAGAAAACGUCAAGUUGGCAAUGAUAUUUGUGUUGUCAUCUUUAAUGAUGGUACUCUCUCUUAUAUGCCAAAUACAAUCACUUCUCAAUUCAAUCAUGUUAUCAUUCUUGUUCAAUACGAUAAACAAAACAAUGGUUAUAAAGUUUCAAUGGCUUGUAAAGAUGGUGUUAAAUCACCUUUCGAACCCCUAUCUCCAAAUAAUUUAAUUAAAAAAUCUGAUAUUAAAGAUUUCAUUUUAACUAAAUUAAUUAAUGGUGAAUUGGCUUCAUUACAAGCUCCUGUAUUUGCUUCAAAAAUUACUAGAACUAGAGAAUCUUUAUUAAAUUAUUAUAUUUCUCAAUUUUUAUAA